AUGCAGCUUUCUGUGCUCUUUACCGCGCUUAUAUCUUUUGUCGUUCUCGCUACAGCGUCACCCACGCCAAGAGCUAUCUCGACCGAGGAACUCUCCUCUAAACGAGAGGGACUUGACUCCAAGUUCGCCAAGCGUUGUUUGGAGGAAGGAGCGGAUGAAUUAGACAAUUGUUUCAACUUCUACCAGGAGCGCGAGGAACUUGACUCCAAGUUCGUGGACCACCCGACGGAGCGCGAACUUGAUAACGUAGUCUCGAACGACAAGCGUUGUUUGGAGGAAGGAGCGGAUGAAUUAGACAAUUGUUUCAACUUCUACCAGGAGCGCGAGGAACUUGACUCCAAGUUCGUGGACCACCCGACGGAGCGCGAACUUGAUAACGUAGUCUCGAACGACAAGCGUUGUUUGGAGGAAGGAGCGGAUGAAUUAGAUAAUUGUUUCAACUUCUACCAGGAGCGCGAACUUGAUGACGUAGUCUCUUUCCACGUCUACGAGAAGCGCGAAGUUGAUAACGUAGUCUCGAACGACAAGCGUUGUCUCGAGGAAGGAGCGGAGGAAUUGGAUAAUUGUUUCAACUUCUACCAGGAGCGCGAGGAACGGGCGGAGGAUUUGGGGACCGGUUGGGAUGCUUUCGAGGAACUAGCGGAGAAAUAGAGUAAGGUCUUCGAGCGAAUCAGAGGCGCGGGCAAAAAGUCUGCGAUGUUAAGGG